CAAUCGAUGACAGCGACGGUUUUGUGCAGUUUGUGGGAGUGACGACAUUUUGUCAAUAAAUUGUAAAAUUUUUCCUAAUUCAUAUUUAAAUUUGUAUAGUGUUUAGUGUAAUAAGCCAUAAAGAUGGCAGACAAUGAACAAAAGGCGAUGCAGCUAAUGGCGGAAGCGGAGAAAAAAUUAAGUUCUUCAAAAUCUUUCCUCGGGUCUCUUUUUGGAGGAUCGUCAAAAGUGGAGGAGGCAGUUGACUGCUACCUCCGAGCAGCCAACUUAUUCAAGAUGUCCAAGAAGUGGUCGCAAGCCGGGCAGGCGUUCUCCAACUGCUACAAGAAGUGUGAUCCUAAUGAGGCAGUGUCCUGUUUGCUGAAGGCGAUUGAGAUAUACACCGAUAUGGGACGGUUCACGGUUGCAGCUAAGCACCAUCAGAAUAUCGCGGAGCUGUAUGAGACGGAGUGCGUGGACGUGUCCCGUGCCAUGCAGCACUACGAGCAGGCGGCGGACUACUUCCGCGGCGAGGAGUCCACCUCUUCCGCCAACAAGUGCAUGCUGAAGCUGGCUCAGUACGCGGCCCAGCUGGAGCACUACGACAAGGCUAUACAGAUAUACGAACAGAUAGCGAAGUCUUCGCUGGACAACAGCUUGCUGAAGUACAGCGCGAAGGAGUACAUGUUCCGCGCGGCGCUGUGCCACCUCUGCGUGGACUUGCUGAACGCGCAGCACGCGCUGGACAAGUACUGCUCGCUCUACCCAGCCUUCGCUGACACGCGCGAGUGCAAGCUCGUCAAGGAGCUAAUCGAACACUUGGAAGAUCAGAACGUGGACGCGUUCACUGAGGCUGUGAAGACGUACGACAGCAUAUCCCGCCUCGACCAGUGGUACACCAGCAUGCUCGUGCGCAUCAAGAAACAGAUCAACGAUAACCCCGACCUGCGCUGAACACACCGCCAGCACACAACACGCGCACUCGUGUGCACGUGUCUACACACGCGUACACGUGUCUAGUGACGCGUAAGUGUCUCUAGUGACAUGUAAGUGUCUCUAGUGACGUGUAUGCGUGUUUCUUGUGACUUGUAUGCGUGUCUCUAGUGACACGUACACGUUUCUCCAGUAACGCGUAUAAGUGUCUAGUGUCAUGUAUGCGUGUCUCUUUUAACGCGUAAAAGUGUCUCUAGUGACGUGUACACGUGUCUGUAGUAACGUAUAAAAUAUCUCUUGUGACUAGUAUGCGUGUCUCUAGUGACGCGUACACGUGUCUCUAGUGAUGCUUAAAAGUGUUUUUAGUGACGCGUACUCGUGUUCUUAGUUAUGCGUAUACGUGUACCUGUCUCUAAUGAUGCGUCUACAUGCCGUUAGACACUUGACGAGUGAUUAGAGUGGCGCAUACGUAUACGUGUUUCUAAGGACUUGUCUAUGUGUCUCUAGUGACGUUAGACACUUUUAUGCGUGCCUAGUAACAAGUAUACGUGUCACUAGUGAGGCGUAUACGCGUUCUUGGACACGCGUGUAUGUGUUUUUAAUGACGCGUAUACCCAUUCUUAGAGACGCGUACACAUGUUUAAGUGGUAGUAAGUGUUUACGCAUUUGUGUUGUUUAGUAGCUUAUUUCCGUGUUUUGAAACUUCCAACACUCCAGUAUGCGACGUUUAUCUAAAAAUAUCAUUAUAAUAGUAUUUUUCGCAAUCCUCUACAUUUUUUUUAGACUUAAAUAAAGAACGCAGAUUAUUUUAGUGCAAUAUUAUCGUAAAUACCGUUAUACGACAAAAGGGAGAAAUAAUCUCAUUUUGUAUUUAAUAUUUUUCCUAUUCGUUCGCAUACGGAUUAUUUAAAUUUCUGUUAAACAAAAUGUUAAAUGUAUGUUUGAUUUACUUCCUUCAGAUAGCAUCAUAUAAAAAAAACAAAUGUCAUUAUUUUGGCGCCAUUUUUUUAGGUUAAUAUUUAAAAGGAAUUGUGGAUCGGGUUUUUUCAUGCGACUGCUCAAAAUCAAAGGAUUGGAUAAAGACGAUGGAAUUCAUAAAAUAUCUAGAAAUUACAUAUGCCUACUCAUUACCUAUUAGGCGCGAUUUUAAAACAGGAGCGGCCAUUUUGGAACCAUAGACAACGAAUUUUUUUUAAAGUAUCGAACCCUUUUUUUCUUUAUUAUUUGUGGCCGUUCUUGUUAAAUCGAUUUAGUAUUCAAUAUUUAGGUGAUAAAAAAAUAGUUUUUAAGUGGUUGGGAGUUUUUUUUUCCUAAAAUAAUUAAUCUUGUACGAAAUGCACUUCAUAAUGACUCGCUAAGUACACUAAGCAAUUAAAACAUAGAAAAUUAGCAUAUUUUAUAUCUUUGCGAUACUUGUGGAUUAAAAUAUAAGUAUUUAUUGGAUUAGAAGUUUUAAAAUGUAAUCAGUGGAAACUCAUAAUUUAGAAGAGUUAGUACAUACAGCUGUUUGUAGCGUAUAUGUACAUAAUACAGUUAAAAGACAUUUUUCAUAUGUUUUUUUUGUUUUUAAAUAUCUGUUCAAAACAAAGUUUUUGUUGCUUAACUAUUUCAUCAUCGUAAAUAUCAAGCAUUUAAAAGAGUAGAAUCUUUGUGAAUUAAAAAAAAAGUUAAGUUUGUUUAUGGAUAGUUUAUAAUCUUUGACAGUUACUGAAUCUGAAUUGUAGAUUAAAAAUUGAAUUAAAAUAACAUUCUCCCUUUAAAAUGUAAUGCGCUUUUUGCUUUUUCUAUCCUAAGCUAUUAUAAUCUGUCAUUCCGUUUGUUUAUCGAUAUGUAUCGAUUGUAGCAAUAAAAAUAUAUAUAUUUGUUGUUGUAAAUAUUCGAUGUUAUGUUAUUUAAAAUCGUUUUUAAUAAACAUUAUUUGUUUUUAUUUUAUUUUUCCUUUGUUUUUUUUCGAUAGUUACAUCACUGAAUAUCAUCGCAAUCGUGUGUUUUAUAUAGAUUAGUAUUUUGUUGAUUUGAGCAAUAUUAUUAAGGUAAUAAUAAAAAUUACCCAUCUAUAUAGAUGUCCCAUUGAAUAAAAAUAAUAUAGAAAAAGUUACGUUAACCUUUAUAAAAGUCAAGAUAAAAUAACCUCAAAGUCAAUGACCUUUGAAUUAAAAAUAUUUAUGUUAUAAAUGAGAAAAUAAUUUUAUUUAAAUCAGUACGUUUUAGUACCACUGAUAUUUUUCUGAUAAGUAUGAUAAUUGAUUAAAAUUAACUGUUCUUUUGCAUUUUAAUUAACAUUUAUGACAUAUGACAUUAAAACAAAAAAGUGUCAUUGGUGUUGCCCUGUUGAAUUCUUUUUAGGUUAUGACGACUGUCAUUGAGUUAGACACAUAUUUCUAAUUAAAAAUGUUUAAAAAUGCAAACUGUGUUACGGAGUAUUUAUAUUAAACUCUAAUGUUUUCCUAAUAUAAUCGGAAACACUUCAAAAGCGGAAAACAACAAUUAGGUCAAAAGUUUCUUUACUAAUGACGUAAUUAUUAAAAUAAUGUUACUAAUUCAGCUCCAUUAAAAACCUAUAACAGAAAUUAUAAGUUGUGUUUUAUAUUUUACGUUAAAAUAAUGUGACACGCUGUAUGUAUGUUACAAAAGUUCACGCAUUGAUUAACAGUUCGAGUCGCAGUUAAAUAUUCAGAAAAUUGUAACCACACUGGCAUUUGUAUAAUGUAAAAAAUAAAGCGUUAACAAUUAAAGAAA